UUUCCUUCCCAGCAUUGAGAUGGAGGAUGGGGAAAGAAGCCCCUUGUUGUCCCAGGACACUGAAGGCAAAAAGCCAGCCCUCUCUAUGAACAAUUCACCCACUUCAAGCUGCUCAGGUCCAGCGCCUCGGGAGGUCCAGGUGGGGGCCUGGGGCUCUAGCUGCUAUCCUCCUGGGGCCAAACAUAGGGCCUGGACAGAAGACCCAGCGCUUUCCCUCCCUGCAGGGAGCAGCUGCAUCAAGUAUCUCACAUUCCUCUCCAACUUCCUCUUCUCCUUGCUGGGCCUGUUGGCCCUGGCAAUUGGGCUAUGGGGCCUGGCUGUCAAGGGAUCUCUGGGGAGUGAUUGGAGAGGGCCUCUACCUGUAGACCCCAUGCUGGGGCUGGCCUUGGGGGCGUUGGUGGUCAGCUCAGUGAGCCUGGCUGGCUGCCUGGGCGCCCUCUGUGGGAACACCUGUCUGCUGCGCUGCUUCUCUGGGAGCAUCCUUGCCAUCCUGGUGCUGGAGUCUGUGGCAGGGGCCCUGUUGGUAGCCCUCUGGGGGCCACUGCAGGACAGCCUGGAGCAUAUCCUGCAUAUGGCUAUCACCCACUACCAGGAUGACCUGGACCUGGGUUUCCUGAUCGACCAAAUCCAGCUUGGCCUGCAGUGCUGUGGGGCAGUGUCCUACCAGGACUGGCAGCAGAACCUGUACUUUAACUGUAGCUCUCCUGGGGUACAGGCCUGCAGCCUUCCUGCCUCCUGCUGCAUUGACCCGCGGGAGGAUGGAGCCUCCGUCAACGACCAGUGCGGCUUCGGGGCCAUGAGCCUGGGUGCGGACGCCGCUGGGAGAGUGGUGUACCUGGAGGGCUGUGGCCCCCCGCUGCGGCGCUGGCUGCGUGGUCAAGUCCCUGCCAUGGGCACUUUCGCGAUAGUGACUGCAGGCAUCCAGGGGGCGGAGCUCCUGCUGGCCACCCAGCUGAUUCGGGCCCUCACUGUCCUAAAGGGGGCAACCAAGGACCCGAGAACCGACAAGGAGCGUGGAGCUGACCCCGGAGGCUCCUGA